AUGGCACACAUAUCCAAAAUGUUAUUGUUCAAGGCCCAGUAUCAACAGUCACUGGCUCUGGUAAGGGAACGACUAGAACAUAUUCGAAGAGGCUUAGCGCAACUGGAUGCGACAACUCAACGAUUUUUGAAGUUGUUGAAGCAGAUGCGAGAAGAGGAAGAAAGACAAAUUAUAGAACAACUUUUCGCUCAUUUCCAAGAUGGAGAGUAACGUUAGAUCAGUAAAAGCCUUAUCUGCGGAAUAAAUCCCUUUGUGCUGAAGUUUCCUCGUGACCUGUCUGUUGACGUUUUAUAAAAAGAGGUGAAAAGUUCGCAUGGAUAUCACGUGCGCGUUUCAAAAUGCAAGACGUCAAAUGUUACAAAAAAUACUUUCUCGUAGAUUCACUGUUCCUAAGCAUUGAACGCUGAAGAACCUUAUCUCAAGAUUUGAAGG